ACAACCUUCACCCAUCACAAAAAACCUCUCCUCCUCAUUCCCUUUAUCAUCAUCUCUCUCUAUUCAACUUUCUUUCCUCACCUCCCAUUCAUCUUACUUUUCUUCUUUUAUUCCAUAAACCUAAUUUCUCUUACCUAAUUCUUUUUUUUCCUCUCUUUAUUCUCCAUAUAUUGUUGCUUCUUCUAAUAAUCAAUCUUCUUCUUCUUCCUACCAAACCUUCUUUCUCUUCCUAAUACCCAAAUCAAACAAACAUCAAAUUUCAUGAUUAAGAUUGAAACCCACCAUUAUUAUUCUUCAUGUCUCCUAUAAUCAGUGAAGUUCUCCUUUCUGGGUUCACCAUUAAUUCUGCUCUUCGUCGUCGUACCCAUCUCGUUUUAUCUUUCUCUGUUGUUUUCCUUUACUGGUUCUACAAUUUCUCUUGAACAAUUUUCUUCCCUUCCCAACAUUUUUUUUUCUUCUUUUUAAUCAUAUUAUUAAAUCUAGAUUAAUUGAUUAUCUAACUGAUUAAUGAUGGCUAGUUCAAGUUCGUCGAUCCAACAACAACAAACCCAGAACAAUUCAUCCGGAUCCGAAGCAGACCCGCAACAGAUUAUGGAUCUGAGAAAGAGGAAACGGAUGCAAUCGAACCGCGAAUCAGCUCGACGAUCUCGACUUAGAAAACAAAAACAUCUCGAUGAUUUAACCGCACAGGUUAUCGAGCUUAAAGCCCAGAAUACCAAGAUAUUGUCCGCCAUUAACGCUACAACGCAGCUUUACCUUGAUAUGGAGGCAGAGAACUCUGUUUUUCGAGCACAGUUUGGUGAGCUUAGCAAUCGUCUUCAAUCGCUUAAUGAUAUAGUUAAUUGCUUAAGCAUCACUAACAAUAAUGGUGUAAGAACUGCUACGAACAGUGAAUCUGAUGAUCAAGAGAGUUUUGAAAGCUUUGAUCUGGAUUUUGGUGAUGGGUUUUCAAUGAAUUCAUGGGGGUUUUCGUUUGCUAAUUAUCCUAUAAUGGCUACUCAAGAUGCAUUUAUGUGUUAAUUAAUUAUUAUAAAUCCUCCAUUUAAGUAAAUUAGAGUAUUAUAAUAUAAAUAUUUGUAAUUAAAUUAUGGGUUAAAUCUCAACAACCCAAUAUGAAUCCUCAAUCUUGCCAUUAAUGGAAUUUGUUAUUAUUGUUAUGUGAUGAUAUUUGGUAAGGGGGAUUGUAUGUAUUGGCACUAUUGUUGUGGACUAAAACUUGUAAUGUCAUCAUUAAUUAUCUUAUUAUUAAUAAUUUUUAAUAA